AUGUCGAAUCUACCAGAAAGGCCAUGGACCGAGGAGGAGAAGUAUACCUUACUGACCGAAAUCCUGAAGAAGGCCAGAGUCCCGUCAAGCCACCUGGUCAAAAUGAUCAAAGAUUUCAAUAUCUCCCCAAGCUGGGCAGAUAUACCCCUUCCAUCAGGUACAGAUCAGGAAGCAUUUUCAGUUUCUACCUUUCCUACUAUCAGUCAGGUCUAUGUCAUGUGUCUUAGAUCGACACCGGCCUUGAGCUGCCUCCUACGGGCAUUCUAUAAUAUGUGUCAACAACACGUACAACUCUCAGUAAACCCAGGGCUCGGAUCUAUUCCUCCACCGCGCUACGAUUCUUCAGCACCGCCAGCGACCCAUGUAGAUGCAAGUGCCGGUGUACGGAAGCGGCCCCUCUACCCAGCAGACAAGCCGAUUCUUGCCCCGCGUGCAAUCCAGCCCCGUCCAUCCACUAGCACUGCUUCUUACAGCAGCGAGAGUGGCGCAUCGGCCAUCCUAUCUCCAGGUACAGGCGGUGUUACGGCCCGUGGCGAGCCUCCACGAAAACGAGGUCGACCCAGUAAAGCCGAAUCAGAGCGACGGAAGGCAGCUGCUGAAGCUCGGGGGGAGACAUAUCCGCCUGUUCGAAGAUCCGGCUCUCAUAAAGUUAAAAUUUCGUCCACUCCGACGAGUCCUUCCACAGUUGAAGCUGGUGGAUCACCCUUUACCGUUCACCCCGGUAGUCGACCUCCGAAUGUAUCACAGCCGGAAAUGCGGUAUGUUCCUCCGCCUUUGAGAACAAUGCCACCGAUCGGACCCGUCGAUGAAGAAAGAGCAAGGGAUAUGUCCAGUCGUGAGAUAGGUCCGGCAAUUAGAGAGUUGCCACGACCCACGGAAAUCCGGCAAACACUACCAUCACCACAAGCACUCCAGUUAGGCCAUAGGGAGACUAUUCCGCGUAUUGAGCCUGGAGAGCGACCAUAUGGAACCCUUGCACAUGAUAGACAUCCCUUUACGGACAGUAGCCGAAGGAGCCUUGUCCAUCCUGCCCCCCGACGCCCCGAUGAACUCCCCACAAUAGACCCCCAAGUCCCUUUAAGCACUACGGCCGAGAAACGAACCGAAUGA